UAAAAAUAAAAUAAAAAAUACAUAUGUUAAUAAUUAACAAAGAAUUUAAGGUUAUUAUUAUUAUUAUUUUUAAAAAUGCAGUUGUUAGUGACCCUUCCAUAAAAUGUCGGUUGUUCUGGCUUUGGUUGUCUUUCCCGUUCUGGCCCUUCGUCUCCAACAUUUGCUCGCCGCCAUUGUUUUCGUUUCUCCUUAAAUUUGUCGAUUUUGAUGGCGUCUCUUCCAUCACAGUCCGUCCUCAAGCUUUUAAUCCUCUUUCUUCCUCCGGCAUCUUCACCUCGCGCCCGCUCUCUUCCUCGCCGUCCUUGCGGGAGGCGCCAUCGAGGUGGGGAAAGGGAAGAGGAUCGACUAUGGCGACCGCGACUUUAGCGAAUGUGACGGCGACGUGCCUGAAGCCGAUGAAGGCGACGUCGAACGGGUCGUGGCAGGGCGAUAACCCGCUCGACUACGCGGUCCCGCUGGCCAUCGUCCAGAUCUGCCUCGUCAUCGUCGUCACGCGUCUCCUCGCCUUCCUCCUCCGCCCGCUCCGCCAGCCGCGUGUCAUUGCCGAGAUCAUUGGAGGGAUCUUGCUGGGCCCAUCGGCGCUGGGGCGCAGCCAGCGGUUCUUGGACGCGGUGUUCCCGAAACAGAGCCUCACGGUGCUCGACACGCUUGCGAAUAUCGGCCUCAUCUUCUUCCUCUUCCUCGUCGGCCUGGAGCUGGACCUGCGCUCCAUCCGCCGCACCGGGAAGCGCGCUCUGAUCAUCGCCGCCGCCGGCAUCUCCCUUCCCUUCGUCAUGGGCAUCGGCACCUCCGUCGCGCUCCGCCACACCGUCGCUGAAGGCGUCCCCGGUGGCCCCUUCCUCGUGUUCAUGGGCGUCGCGCUCUCCAUCACCGCGUUCCCUGUCCUCGCCCGCAUCCUCGCCGAGCUGAAGCUCCUCACCACAGACAUUGGCCGCAUGGCCAUGUCCGCCGCCGCCGUCAACGACAUCGCUGCGUGGAUUCUCCUCGCGCUCGCCAUCGCCAUCUCCGGUUCCGGCUCUCUCUUGGUCUCUUUAUGGGUCCUGCUCGCCGGCGUUGGUUUCGUAGCUUUCGUCGCCAUCUGCGUCCGCCCCGUGCUCGAUUGGAUGGCCCGCCGCUCCCCCAGCGGCGAACCCGUUAAGGAGACGUUCAUAUGUGCCACUCUCGCGACCGUGCUCGCCGCCGGUUUUGUGACCGACACUAUCGGCAUUCAUGCGCUGUUCGGCGCCUUCAUCAUCGGGAUCUUCGUGCCCAAGGACGGUCCGUUCGCUGGCGUGCUAAUCGAGAAGAUCGAGGACAUCAUCUCCGGCCUCUUCCUCCCGCUCUACUUCGUAUCUAGCGGCCUGAAGACGAAUGUCGCUACUAUCAGCGGCGGCCAGUCCUGGGCCCUCCUUGUCCUCGUUAUCGCCACCGCGUGCAUCGGUAAGAUUGGCGGCACUAUCCUGGCCUCAAUUCUUGCCAAGGUGCCCAUGAGGGAAGCCGUGACGCUGGGCUUCCUCAUGAACACCAAGGGCCUCGUUGAGCUCAUCGUCCUUAACAUUGGCAAGGACCGCAAGGUUCUCAACGACGAGACGUUCGCCAUCAUGGUGCUCAUGGCUCUGUUCACCACCUUCAUCACGACGCCAAUCGUAAUGGCCAUCUACAAGCCGGCACGGCGGACGCCGUCAUACAAACACCGCACCAUCCUGCGGGACACUGAAAGCGAGCUCCGGGUGCUGGCCUGCUUCCACGGGAGCCGCAACAUACCCACCCUAAUCAACCUCAUUGAGUCCGCCCGCGGCAUCCGCCGCCGCGGCCUCACCGUCUACGCCAUGCACCUUAUGGAGCUCUCGGAGCGCUCCUCCGCCAUCAACAUGGCUCAUAAGGCCCGCCGAAACGGCCUCCCCUUCUGGAACCGCAAGCAGAGCGCCGACCAUGACAGCGCCGACCAGCUCGUCGUUGCCUUCCAGACCUUCCAGCAGUUGAGCAACGUCAGCCUCCGCCCCAUGACCGCCAUUUCCGACCUCCAAACCAUCCACACAGACAUUUUAAGCAGCGCCGAGCAAAAGCGCGCCGCCCUCAUCCUCCUCCCCUUCCACAAGAUGCAGCAGUUCGAUGGCUCUCUUGAUUCCAUCGGCCACGGCUACCACCUUGUCAACCAGCGUGUCCUUCGCAGCGCCCCCUGCUCCGUCGCUGUCCUCGUCGAUCGAGGCCUCGGUGGCGCUGCCCAAGUCGUCGCCAGCGAGGUCUGCUACACCGUCGCCGUCCUCUUCUUCGGUGGCCGCGACGACCGCGAGGCCCUCGCUCUCGGCGCGCGCAUGGCAGAGCACCCCGGCAUCCAGCUCGUAGUCGUUCGGUUCAUCCCCCAAGCCAUUGGCGCUAUGCUCGACGGCAACCGCGACUCCGUCAGCAUCAGGAUGGACGCCAACGAGAUCGCCGCCGACGAGGCCUACAUCGCCGAGUUUCGCAAGAAAGUGAUGGCGAACAACUCCACCAUCAAGUUGGAGCAGACGGCGGUCGGCCUGAAGUCGGACGUAGUGGCUGCCAUCAAGGCUGUGGGCCGGUGCAACCUCUUCCUGGUGGGGCAGUCGGCGCCCACGGUGGCGCUGACGGACAAGAACGACUGCCCUGAGCUGGGGCCGGUCGGAAACUACUUGGCAUCGUCUGAAUUCUCGGCUACUUCCUCCUCGGUCCUCGUCAUCAAGCAGUACGACCCGGCGGCGAACCCGGUCGUUCCGGCGGAUGACGGGGCAGAGAUCUACGACGACCCCGACACGCCCAGGACGCCUUUCGUCAAGUAGAAGCGGCUCGGUAUCACUCUCGCUCACCUCCAGGCUUUGCGUCUGCUGUUUUGGGAUUAACUCAGUGUACACUUCCAACAAAUUCCCUGUGAAGAACAUUUUGAAAA